GGAGGCGUGGCGGGCGCGCACGCGCCUGCCUGUGCGCGGGAGGAGCCUGCGGCUCCGCCCCCUCCCCGUGCCCGGGCGCGCGCGCGGGGCUGCUCGCGGAGAAUUGGUGAGCAGAAAGCUUUCUUUUAAUGAAAUAUUUAGCACAUGUUGAGAAACAAGUCAGAAAACUCGGCCGAAAGCUAAUGUCAUCCGAAACGCCAACAGACAGUCCAGAGGUGCCCAUGGAAAAUACCCUUUUCCCUGAAGUUCCUGAUGUCGAAGGAAAGGUGAAGUCAAGUGACAGUCCAGUAGAGAGACGGGAGGCAGGCUCAGACAAAGAAGAGUGCCCUGAGCCCAUGUCCAAAAGGCAAAGGAAGAAGUUAUUGAAGCAGAAACAGUGGGAGGAACAAAAAGACCUACGGAGGCAGAAACGAAAAGAAAAACGCCAGAAGAGAAAACUAGAACGUCAGUCAAAAUUGGAUUCCAGCAGGGAAGGGAAUGACAGAAAGUGCAUGCGCAGGGAAGUUGUUCCUAGCACGCUUCGCCUCAUUGUGGACUGCAGCUUUGAUGACCUGAUGGUGUUAAAGGAUGUUAAGAAGCUUCACAAGCAGAUUCAGAGAUGUUAUGCAGAAAACCGCAAGGCAUUUCAUCCUGUGCAGUUUUACUUGACCAGCCAUGGGGGACAGUUGAAGAGCAACAUGAAUGAAAAUGACAAAGGAUGGGUGAACUGGAAGGACAUCCAAAUUAGAACAGAGCACUACAGUGAGCUAAUAAAGAAAGAAGACCUAGUGUAUCUUACCUCAGAUUCCCCAGAUGUUCUCAGAGAGCUUGAUGAGAAGAAAGCCUAUGUGAUUGGAGGACUGGUGGAUCACAAUCACCACAAGGGAAUAACUUACAAAAAAGCUGUAGAGCAGGGUAUUGGUCAUGCACAGCUCCCACUUGGAAACUUUGUCAAGAUGAACAGUCGGAAAGUGUUAGCCGUCAAUCAUGUGUUUGAGAUCAUCCUUGCAUACCUGGAGAAGAGAGACUGGAAGGAGGCCUUUUUCAGUGUCCUGCCACAGAGGAAAGGGGCUGUUCCUUUGGGAGAAGCCAAUGAUUCAUCCAAACAUGCUCUGUCUGGAAAAGAAGAUGAAGACAGUGACUCGGACAGUGACUAGGCUUCAGAAGGAGAUGAUGGGGAAGAUGAGACACACAAUUUGUGGGAUAAAUCUGGGACAUGAAGUAGUUACGCUCCAAAGACCAUCUGCUGUCUUUGUAAUACUGAAUUGUCUCAGUGCUCAGCAGUUCCAUAGUUUGCCUAAAGCUGUUUGUGUACAUGAAGGGUAAAUUUAAAUGCAGUUUUUUACCCUGAAACUUCAAUAUUAAUAGCUUAAAAAAAAAAAAAAAAGGCAAAUGCAGCGUUUAUUUUUACCAAGGAAGCUGUUUAAUUUAAUUUUUUAAUAUUAUUUUUUUAUACAUACAAAUUUGGGUGUAAUAGCCAGGAGCAUUAGUAGUAGUUACUAUUUUAAUGUAUGCAUUCUUCUCCGUUUCUACUCUUAAGUUUUCUUAAAAGCAAUUAAUGACAAGCAUUCCCAUGACUCCAAAGCCUGCACCACUAGUGCCUGUUGCAAAGUGUGCAUGAACAGUCAAAACAAACAAACAAACAUUCUAAUUUUCCUGAACUUCUCAACAGACAGUCACAGUCAACUGAACUGCCCAGUUUGUGUAUUGUGCUUAGUUAGGUGGGGUCAAUAGAUGAAAUGUGAGUGUUGGGUUAAGCCAGUGCUUACACUUGAGCUUGAGUGGGAUGAGUGUCAGCACAGGUGCAAAUCAUGUGCCUUGGUUGGCACAUGGUACACGUUGAGUUGAGGUGACACAAUGACCUUUAAUUAUUUCUUCAUCUUCUUAGCAAAAUUUAUCUCACAGCCUCAGAACAAUCCUAGGAGCCAGGAACUCUUCCUUACAAGUCACUUACUCAGAUUCAGUAUUCCUGUUUAGUUACAUGAUCCUGUUUGUAUUUUAUUGUCUGUCAAAUAUUUUUCCUUUAAAAAACAAGUCAUAAUCUU